CAAGAUUUCAUCACGAUUUCAGAUCCCGAACCGCAGUAAGCGAUUGUGGGAAUUUUCAGUCGAUCAAUUUGACAGCCAACCAUGGCGGAAAGCAACCCGAACGAUUCCACUUAUCUCACCAACAACACCACCAGCGAGUACCGUUCGACGACUUCUGAGUCAACCAUCCUUCCGUACUACGAACUACGGCUUCCAACACACGUGUUCAACAAGUCCCCCUCCAAGAUCGAGUUCCAGCUGGUUCAGAAGCAACGUCCCAAAUCGCGCAAAAACAUCUACACUCGGUACCAGGGCAGAUCCCAAUCCGAUGCCAAACCGAAGCCCAGGAAAGGUCUCAAACGGGUGUUCUUCAACUUCAAUCGGAAGCAUUGCCCCAGCGAACCACAUUGCUCCGAACGCAAUCAAGAUGACGACCAAGCUGACCAGCAGUUCGAGAACAUGGAGAUCUACUACUUUGACCACGGAAGUCCGGAGUUCUACCGCACCACCGACUGCCCGCCGCAUUUGAUCACGGAAGCUCUGGCCCAAUCGACCCAUCACCACGCAACCAAAUUCUGGGCGGAGAUCUUCGGAACCAUCAACAUCGGAACGACGUUCGUCAUCAGCUUCUGGCUGCAGCUGUACCGGUUCUUGCUUUAUGGCAUUCUCAGAUCGAUCAUCGUCGGAAUCCUACAGAUAACGGCAGAUUACCUGCUGAAACCGUUGCUGGCGGUCGUGUUCAAUGGGUUGAUUCAACCUCCGCUUGUUUUCGGGCAGAACAUUCUAACCGCCGUCGGUUCCAUGCUGGAACCGAUUGCGAACCUAAUUGGUAAUUUCCUGCAACCGGUGGGGCGGUUGCUACGAUCGUUGCGAUUCAUAGAAAACAAAACAAUCAACAAGAAAAUUAUCAAGAAGGGGCGCUUCGAUGUUUGA